AUGGAGGCGGCCAUGGGAUUGAUGCGAAGAAUACAUCCGAAGCAUUCUGAAGCGGCUCUGUCAGCAUUGUUAAGCCUUCUCCCUCAUCACUCCUCGGAUCUUCUCUCUCAAGUCGACCAGCCUCUGCAGGUUUUAUGUGACGUGGAUAACGAGAAGGAGUUCUUACUAUGCGAGUAUAAUAGAGAUGCAGACUCUUAUAGGUCGCCCUGGUCAAAUAAAUACCAUCCCCCAUUAGACGACGGACCUAUUCCAUCACCAGAAUUGAGGAAACUUGAAAUUGAAGCAAAUGAGGUCUUUGCUAUCUAUCGUGACCAGUACUAUGAAGGUGGAAUUUCGUCGGUGUAUAUGUGGGAAGAUGAAAAUGACGGAUUUGUAGCUUGCUUCUUAAUUAAGAAAGAUGGCUCGAAGACUGCAGAUGGCAAAAGAGGCUAUCUUCAAGAAGGAUCUUGGGAUGCCAUACAUGUUAUUGAGGUGGGGCCCAUGGAGGAAGAAACUGCUCGUUACUGUUUGACAAGUUCAGUUAUGCUCUCAUUAACCACAAAUCAUGAGUCUUCAGGCUCCUUCAAUUUGUCGGGAUCAAUUAGAAGACAGAUGAAUAUGGAGCUUUCGGUUGAGGAGGGUCAUUUAUGUAAUAUGGGAAGGAUGAUAGAAGAAAUGGAGGGCAAGCUGAGAAACUCUCUGGAUCAGGUCUAUUUUGGGAAGACAAAAGAGAUGGUUUGUACCUUGCGGCCGCCUGCUGAAGUUGUUCAGACGAAACUUCCUGAUAGCUGA